GGAAUGCAUUUAAAUUGUAAAUAAGCAUUUCAUUUAUGUUGAUUAAAUGUAAUGGUAAUUGUAUUCAAUAAUGUUUUUUCACAUUUCAUUUAUUUCCAAAUGCUUCUUUUUCUAAGUCUUUAUAUGGAUUGUGAAGGAGGGAAGUGAAGAUUUCACCUGGCACAGAUAUUCCUAAUGCCGACUCAGGUGAAAUUUGGUGUUCUAGAGGCUGGAGCCUUUGGUGUUUCUCAGUCUAGGAAACGAGCAUUCAUAUGGGCAACUUCUCCAGAAGAGACACUCCCAGAGUGGCCAGAGCCAAUGCACGUCUUUGCAGGCCCAGAACUGAAAAUCACAUUACCAAGGGAUGUACAGUAUGCUGCCAUCAGGAGUACAGCUGGAGGGGCACCCUUCCGUGUAAUAACUGUGAGAGAUAUAAUUGGAGAUCUCCCAUCUGUUGGAAAUGGAGCAUCUAAAACGGAGUGGAUGUGA